AUGACCAAACCAAGGAUUCUUCUGCUUGGAACUGUUCCCCCUGCGGACAAUCCUGACUAUGCUCUCUUUUCAAGAGAUUUUGAGGUGGUCCCCUUCGUUCCCAAAUCGAUGACUGACUUUUGUCAAAAGCUGGACACCAUUUACAACGAUAUCUCGGCGAUUUGGAUGUUUGAUUUCGUAGAGAAUACGGACAUUUCAUACGGCGCUGAGUUGGCCAGCCAUUUUCCCGAGACCCUCAAGGUUUGGGCGAUUGCGUGGGUCGGUUACGACUUCGUGGAUGGUGCUGCUUUCAGAAAAAAAGGUGUUAUCUUGACCAACACUGGCUCUGCCACUUCGCCUCAAGUUGCUGAUCUGGCGUUGUAUCACGUCCUGGCCUCAUACAGAGGAACGUCUGUUUUCGAGCGCUCACUGAGAGACCAGCUCAAUCUCUCCGAAGCGAGGAAAAUACUGGGAACCAAAGAAUUUAGUCCCGAAACCGGCUUGCCGGUUAUUCCAGUUGAUCACAGAGUCAAUUACUUUGAUUAUGGAAUGGCUAUUGGAGGUAAGGUGCUGAACACUCCUCAGGAUAGCACCGUUGGAAUUGUUGGACUAGGGGCAAUUGGCAAAGAAAUUGCUAAGCGACUGAAUGCAAUUGGUAUGUAUGUUAAUUACACCAAGAGAAGCCCUCUAAGCGAAGAGGAGGAGAAGAAGCUGGGCUUCACUGUCACUUAUCAUGAAUCUUUUGAGAAGAUGAUUCCUUACUGUGAUUGCAUUGUUUUUUGUGUGCCUCAUACUCCUAGCACUAUCCAUCUUCUAAACGAGAAAACAGCGAAGAUUCUGAAACCUGGAGUGAGAAUUGUCAACGUUGGAAGAGGAUCCGCGUUGGAUGAGAAUGUGUUGCUCCAGUGUCUUGAAGACGGAACUAUAUCCCAUGCUGGUUUGGACGUGUUUGAAUCGGAGCCAUUGGUUGAUGAGAGACUCGUGAAGAGAUGGGAUAUCACUUUGACUCCUCAUAUUGGCUCUACUACCUCAGAUAAUCCAAAACAUGCUGCUAAGGCCAAUAUGGCUGAUAUAAGCAACAUCGUACUUCAUGGUGGUAAGGGCUAUAAUACAGUUAAUUAG